AAAGCAGAGAAUAAAAAGAGACCGGAUGUUGACAAAUUUCAUGUCACUGUUCUUAGAAGGUCGUUUGUUAAUGUUUGUGUGAAGAUUUCUUAUCUUGGAUCUCUCUCUCUAAAUAUUUUUUCUCUCUCUUUCUGUGUGUUUUUUCUUAGAGAGAGAAAAAUAUAUACAUAUAUACAUAUAGAUAUAUAUAGAGAGAGAAAGAGAAGAGUGGCUGGCCCAGUAGAUCGAAAAUCUUCUUCUAUAUUUCUUGAACCUGAUGACGAUCUAAGCUUCUUCAAUGGUCUUUCAACAACACCCACUUUGUUAUUUUUUUUCUUCUUCUUACAAUUAUAAAUAUUAAUUAUAAUUAUAAUUAUUUUGUUUUUUAGUGUUAGUUACCUUUUUUAGCUUUAAAUAGUUGGAAUCUAAAAGACCCUGAAUUCCUUUUUGCUUCUCUCAUGGUGUUGUUGUUUGUACUAUCUAUCUUCAAUUCAAUGGCAGAAUCCAUGUGAGUGAUUCUUAAGGUGGAACUGUUAAAAAGGAUGUAGCUUUCAGGAAUGGGAACCAAGAUUCAGAGUCUCCCAGGAUAUUACUCAAUGAUGAGAGAUCUUAAUGAGGAAUCCAGCAGUUGUGGCUGGCCGCUAUUUUAUGGCGAUAAAACACCGACAAAUGGGAAGUAUUAUGAUAGUUAUCUUCCAAGUGCCACCACAGAUGCAUGUUCUGUGCAUGACAAGGAUGUUGUGAAGCGGAUGAUGCUUGAACAUGAGGCUAUAUUUAAGAAUCAGGUUUAUGAACUCCACCGUUUAUACAGAAUACAAAGGGAUUUGAUGAAUGAUUUCAAAAGGAAAGAGUUACUCAGAAACCAGAUGCCUGUUGAGGCAUCGUUUUGUUCAGGUCCCUUGACAUCUCAAGUAACAACUGAAGAUGGAAGAAAAUGGCAUGUUUCUGGCUUUCCUGUGGGAAAUUCGGCUUAUGCUAAGACAACUGUUUCGGGUGCUGCGGGUGUUCAUUCUCCUUUAGGUUCUGUUCAAGGAAUAAGCAACCAAGCUGGUCCCUUUCCAUUGCCAGAUGGAUGUAGUUUAAAAGAUGUUGGCAUGCUCGAGUCCACCAGACCAUCAAAAGUGCGAAGAAAAAUGUUUGACCUUUCGCUCCCUGCUGAUGAAAACGUUGAUUCUGACGAAAGUGAUGAAAAGAUCAGCGAUGAAAAGACAAGUGGUUCGACAUUAUUUCUUCCCGAUAGAGGUUGUAAAAAUGGAAAGGAGGAUGAUAGAGGGAAGACUUGUUGCCAGGACACUUCAAGAUCUGAGCAGUCUUUAAGAAGAAACGGUUUCGCUGACUUAAAUGAACCUGUUCAAGUGGAUGAAACAUAUGAUUCUCCUUUUGUUCAUGUUCCGAGUAAUUCAGUUGCCGCAACUGAAUGCUCCGAUCUCACUGCCAGUGCCAAACAAAAGUUACAGUUUUUUGGUUCGCCCAGAGAACAUUUACUAAACUCGCGUCAGGGAACUGAGAGUUGGGCCAGAAACAAUGGAUAUUUGGAGAAUAAUGGGAAUGGAGAGGGGGGAAUUCCCUCGCUGGCUGAGGAAGGGCAUGCUAAAAACAACCUACAGCCUGUGCCGCAAGUCCUCAAACAAGAGAAAUUGCUUUUAUCUUCGCAUACAAUGCAGCACUCGUACAACAAAGCACAUGAACCUGCAUCUGAUUAUGUAGAUGGUCGAAACAAGGCUGAUGUGUGGACGGAAAAGACAGCUAGUGAAAGAAACCAUGAAUACUCCGUUAAUAAACAUCCCGAGUCCGUGUUACCUUUACAUAGACCUGGUCUUUUUCCAGCUGCUCCUUCCUAUGAUUUAUCGAGAUCUUGGUCUCACUCUGCUGCUUCUUGGGGAAUGGCGAGUUGCAGCCUAAGCCAGAAGUUGAUGUCAGUUCAGACACCUUCAUGUCUAAAUUUGUCCGGUUCAAUCAAUAGGAAUUUUCAGUCACAACAGAGUAAUGGGAGAUUGGAGCAGUGUUGGCCUCUAAAUAUCAAUUCCAAGCCUAAUCCAGGUAUUCAGUAUGAUCUACCAUUACGGAAUGGAUUUUAUCCAGGGUCUUCAUCUGGCGCCAAGGAACCAUCGAUGAAUAUGUCUUCCAUUAGCUAUGACUAUCCAAAUCAUAAUAAUGAAAAGAAAUCUAGAAAAGACAUUGACUUAAAUGUGAUUCUUUCGAAUGGUUCAUACAAUAACAACUUAGUUCCUCAGUCAAGUGUUGGGCUAAUGGAUGGAGACGCGCUGUCAUGGCUUAGAGCAAAAUCCGCUCGUACCAAUGAAGCACAAAAUACCGAUAGAAGCUCCAUUACUGCAGAAGAGACAAGUUUUCUUCACACUGCUUCCUUGUCCAUGAAAGGUGAAACUGGAAAAGGGCCUAGUGGGAAUUUUAUGCAUGGUGUAACUUCAGUUUCGUGCUCUAAUAAUAUUGACCAAAGGAGGAUUGAGGUAAGUAAAAGCUCUAGUACUAAGAAAAUUCUUGGUGUUCCGAUAUUUGAUAUGCCUCAUAUCUCUCCCAAGAAGGAGUUGUCUUCAAUCACUUCUCCCUCUGUGUCGAUGCGUGCUCCAUCUGAAGCAGAAGUGGUGGAAAAUAAGCACAAAAACCGGAUGCUUGAUAUCAACUUGCCAUGUGAUGCUAAUGGUCUUGAGUUUGACAAAGAAGGUUUCAUUGAAACUGUUGUUAGUAAGACUAGAUCUCCUACAGCAGUAGUAGAUUCUAGAAAUCAAAUUGAUCUGAACUUAAGCAUGAGUGAGGAUGAAGGAUCAUUCACAACUAUUCCAAGUGCCGAUACAAAAAAGAAGGACAAGAUAGACCUGGAAGCCCCUGCAGUUCCCAAGUCAGAGGAGGAUCUCGUUCCAGAAGAAAACAAGCUUGAAACUUCUCUAGUGUCACCCCAAAUUCCACAAGUUGCUGUUGAACAGCCACAGGAUGAACUUAUGAGAAAUGCAGCUGAAGCAAUUGUUGUCCUUUCAUCUAUUUCCCGUGAUCAAGUGCAUACUGUGAUCGAUAGUCCAUCUGAAAGUUCCAUGGAGGAUCCACUAGGUUGGUUUGUGGAUGUAGUUUCCUCGUGUAAAGAUAAUCUUGAAAGCAAGUGUGAUAAUUCGAAGGGAAAAGACGGUGAGGAUGAUGAAGGAUUGGAUUAUUUUGAGUCCAUGACAUUAAAACUCGAGGAGAUGAAAGAAGAAGACUACAUGCCGAAGCCUCUUGUUCCGGAAAACUUCAAAGUGGAAGAAACAGCAAGUACUUUACCUACUCGGACACGAAAGGGGCCUGCAAGGAGAGGGAGGCAGAAGAGAGACUUCCAGAGGGACAUCCUUCCGGGUCUUGUACCUUUAUCAAGGAAUGAAGUAACAGAAGAUAUUCAGACAUUUGGAGGGAUUAUGAAAGCAACAGGUCAUUCAUGGCAAUCAGGAUUAACUAGAAGAAGCUCGACUAGGAACGGUAGUGGGAGGGGAAGGGGGAGGCCGAGGCGGCAAACACAGGUUACCCCUUCUUCCUCACCACCUGUUGUCACCAAUGAAAGCAGCACUCCGUUGACGCAGCAACUCAAUAACAUUGAAGUGGCGUUGGAGGAUAGGAGCCUAACAGGUUGGGGUAAAACAACUCGAAGGCCUCGAAGACAAAGGGGUCCACCGGCUGGUAAUUCUCUGUUGAUCCCAAUUACAUAAUCAUCAUAAGAGGCUUAAAAUUUUUAGAUGAGAAUUUAUAGAGGUAAGCAUUGGCAGUUUCCAUAUUUGAUGGAGCACAUGAUGUUCUCAAGCAUUGGCGAUUUCGCUUGUAAAUUUCUUCAACCAUUAUUCCAGUAUAAACUUGAUUGUUGUCAGUAUUUGGAUGAUACCAACUUGUAUUAUUCUUAAAUAAUGUUGAAUAAUUUCUUCUGAUUAUAUCUUUAUGGAACCUUUGAUAUAUUAUAUAGCAGUGCUCUCUUCAAUUUGGUGA